CGAGUGGUUCAGCUUGUCCGAGACGGCGUGACCGGCAUGGACUUGCUGGAGGUCUUCCUUCGGAGGCGCAUCCAACCGCUUCAGGCUCGUGACCACCCUAUGUGGCUGUACUCGGGUCUCGACGACACCACUCGGGUUCACCCAGAGGAGGUCACCGACGAGAUGCUGGAAGGGUGGCUGUCGAGCAUCACAGGGAACAAAGACAACCCCCGAGGAGCCAGGAGGGUUGUCCCGCUUGACAGUACAUACGACGUGGACCAGGCAACUACAGAGAUGUACUCGACACCCAACGGAGCACAGGGGCAGGCCGAGGAAGGGGAGGCGAGCGGAGGCGAAAGCGGAGACGAACAGGGGGAGUGGGAGUCUGACGGCGAAGGAGAGGGAGACGACGGCGUCGACUCCAGCGAAGAGGAGGAGGAGGAGGAAGCUGGACCUCCCCGCUCGGAAAGGCGAUCCAAGCUUACACACGACCCUGCGCGGGAACGUGGUAAGGCGACUGCUCCCGUUGGGCAGUCGUCGAAGCGCCCUCGGACCUCUUCUCCAGCGCCGACUGAAAAAGCUCCCAAGCACCCCCGCGCGGCGCCGUCCAAGCCACCCAAGGCUCUGCCCAAGAUGAGGAUGACUGUCCCCACCAUUUCUGGGUAAUGAUAGAACUUGUUCUCCUUUGUCGACCGUGGACGGAUCCUUGGUCGAUCCACUGAGCCGACUGACGGUCUUUCAAAAUUUGCAGUGCUGCUACUUCUGAGAUCUCCGCCAAGGACGAUGAUCAAGAGAUGGAAGAUGCUGUUACUUCCAACCCUGCUCCUCCUCAUGUUAUUAGCCUUCCUGACGACGAAGACGAAGCGCCGCUGAGAGUGAGGCGGAACAGGAAAGCGUCGGCUGGCGAGACUCCACAAUCCACUCCGGCGCCUGAGGCCGUAGCUCGAGACGGUGGCGAUACCACCCGGGCUUCUGUGACUUUCGCCAAUCCUCUGGCGAGUGCGCGGCCCUCGACGUCGACCGUAAAUCCGCCUUCGCUCUUCGCCACACACCACGUCCCUGAGGACCAAGUGGGUGCAGCUAAGGAAGCUAUACGCCAGGCAGGCAUCAUGAUGGAGCAGGUCAAGGUGGUUCGAGAAGCCAGCCAAGCGGCUUAUGACGCGAGUUCAGCUCUUCAGAGUAACGUCCAGAAAUCCUGUGAACUUGUGGCUCUCUACACUGAGUUGGAGAACAAACAGAUCCAGCUCGACCUUGACUUGAAGCUCGCUCAACAGAACCUGCAGAAGGCGCGAGACGAAGCAAAAGAUGAACUGGAGGAAGCUCUGAAGAAGAAGGAUCAAGAUCUUGCCGAAGCACAGAAGGAGGCCUCGAGCAAAACGAAGCUUGCAGAAGAGAAACUGGCUUCGGUCGGAACUCUUGAACAGGAGAACUCCAGACUGAAAACUGCUCUCGAGACAGCUAAUCGAGAGGUCAGCCGACUGAAGAAAGACAAGAUGGUUCUGCACGACCAGGCGGGUGAGCUGGCGGGGAAGGUAAACGAUCUGGAGGCUUAUCUCGGUGGACUCGCCAAGAAGCUGUUCGUCAUGCUCGAAGAAUUCUGCCAGAGCUUCGAAGAGGAAACCAGUCGAGUGGAGCCAGGCUUGGAUCCCGCCAAUUCUCUCGUGAAGGACGAGGCUGCUAUGAACGUGCUCCGACUGGAGUCUCGUGUUACCAGCGUUGUUGACUAUCUUGCUCGGCUGAAGGUUGCGAUGUCGCGGAUCGACACAUCACUCUGGCCUGGAACGACGCUUCAGAACGACCUCGAGUCCCUGAUGGUUCGACUGGAUGAAGUCCCGGGUCGAGUGGCGGAAUGGAAGAAAUCUUCUGCUAGAUGUGGUGCUGAUGUCGCUCUGUCUCUGGUCCGCGUCCAUUGCAAGGAGGCGCGAGAAGAAAAGCUGGCCGCCAUCCAAGUUGCCAAUACCAGGAAGCACAGCUUUCAAGACUUCAUGGAGACUUUCAUUGCUGCUGCUACUCGUAUUGUAGACGGGAUCGACUUGGACGAGUUCGUCGCCCCUUCCAGUCCUCCGCUUGAGGAAUGAAAAACUUUUAUGCUUCACUUUAAAUUUGCCUCGGAAUGCCGAGUGGAUUCUGUAACCGUUAAAUUCUAUCGAGCCGAGGGCUCGAGUACUUUGAUCUGAGGUCUUGGACCUUUGGGUUUUAUCCGAACUUGAUUUAUCGUUGAAUAUCUCCGGGAAUUAUCUGCCGAGUGGAACUUGGCCUUCACUCGAAAUAACUUCGUAUUUGUGGUGCAGCUCCGAAGGAAAAGGUAACAGUCGAUUCGCAUCUUGCCGUCCUUGUGGAUUGGGACGUGUUCCGAACUUAGGCGAGCACGGGGCUGCAGCUAAGCCCCCGAGUGGGAGGUUUGCUUUCCACUCGGUGGGAAUUUUGAACACUUAGGCGAGC